AUGGAAGUGACGAGGCUGCCCUACCCUUACGAAAAUGACUGCUUCGAUUCGUGGGACAAGACCGGUUACUCCCCGGGUGAACCAAAGCUCAUCGCAUACAACUCCCUGAUGACGAUGAUGAACAAGUGCAAUUGCAGACUCACCGGGAUCCAAGACUAUUUCACGUUCUCGAACGGGACGCUGAACGGGACGAGGCCUUGUAACGAUGGAAGCUACGAUUCUACAGACAACCAGUGCAUCAACGACGUGUACGAUGAGCUGAAGCAUGGGAACAUAUCGUGUCCCUGCAACGCAGAAUGCCAACAAACUGAAUACCAAACGACGAUAUCGUCAUCGGAAUGGCCAACCGCGUCCUACAUGUCAAGCGCGAUGGGUUCGAUGGAAUUGGGGACUCAGUUGCAAACACAUGGGAAUGAUACGAUGAAGAUGGAGGUGGUCAAGUUGAUCAUCUACUUUUCCUCGAUCGCCCAGGAAACAAUCACGGAAUCUCCUAGCGUGACGGACACGAGCCUGUUGAGCAACCUGGGUGGAGCCCUGAGCCUGUAUUUGGGAAUCUCCCUGGUCAUGCUCCUAGAAGUCAUCGAAAUUCUUCCCCUGCUGGUCCUCGCAUUCAUCAACAAAUGCUUUGGAAUCGGUCGGAAGCCGAUGGAGAAUCCACCGCCUAAGAGACGGGUGCCUCGUCGCAGCGCCCGCGAGGGAUAUCCAUCCCCCAUCGCAUGGGACAUGAAGCGCUUUUGA